CCCAAAAUGGCAUACAAAAAAAACAGUUUCAUAUUCAAGAGUAGAAAAUCAAACAGCUGUGUACAAAAUACAAUAAAUCAAUAUUAAUUAAAAUAUAAAUAUAAAAUUUUCUACUCCCUUCUGUUUCGGAGUCCUAUUUAUUUACAACCUCAAUAUAGAAUUUUCCCUCUAAAUAACUAACUUCAUAUUUUUAUGACACAAAAACUAAAAGAAAAAGAAAAAGAGAAAAUAAAAUUUCAUUUUCCAAGUUUCAACAUCAAAGGUCAAAAAUCUUCUUUCUGAGUCUCUCAUUGUUCUUCUAGGUUCCAAAUCUUAUCAGGUUCUUCUUCAAUAAAGAGAUUUUAUGAGGAGUUAAUACAAAUAUUUAAAGAAAAAAAUCAUCAAGCCUUUCAGUUUUUCUUUUCUUUUCUUUUUUUUUUUUUUUUCUGUUGUAAAUUUCAGAGCAGAUAGCAUAAGGAAAUCUGUAUGAACAUAAAACGAUGUCGUUUAGUCGGUCAUUACGAGGUCAUCACUCGUUGAACCAGGCGCCACCAUUAGCAGAGAAAAUCACAGAUGAACCGAUUACCUCGAGAACGGCACAGAGCACGGUGACCUGCGUUUACAUGGCCAAUAUCUCCGGCUACUGGCGGAAGGUAACGGUGACCUGGUGCAAAAACCUGAUGAGCCAUUUCUUCAACAUCGCCAUCCAGAGCAUAGACGGCGAUUUCCAUUGCCAUACCUGCAAAAUCGACCUCAAACCUUGGCAUUUCUGGAGUAAGAAAGGUUUCAAAUCGUUCGAGAUCGAAUCCAAUAACUCCAUCGACGUAUACUGGGAUCUCCGAUCAGCGAAAUUCUCUGCCGGACCGGAACCCUGCACCGAUUUCUACGUAGCAUUGAUAUGCGACGAUGAGGUGGUGCUCUUAAUCGGCGAUAUCAAGAAGAAAGCAUACAAGAGGACGAAAUCGCGGCCAGCGCUAAUCGACGCGGUUCUGUUCUACAAGAAGGAGAACGUGUUCGCGAAGAGAACUUUCUCGACGCGAGCGAAAUUCGACGAGAGAAAGAAGGCUCACGAGAUCGUAGUUGAGAGUUCAACGGCGGGGCCUAAAGAUCCGGAGAUGUGGAUCAGCGUGGAUGGGAUCGUGGUAAUCCAUGUGAAGAACCUUCAAUGGAAGUUUCGAGGGAAUCAGACAGUGGUGGUGGGUGGGAAUGGGAAUAGUCAGACGGUUCAGGUGUUUUGGGAUGUGCAUGAUUGGUUGUUUGGGAGUCCUGGGAAUGGACAUGGGUUGUUCAUCUUCAAACCAGGGAUUGCAGAGAUUGAGGAGAGUGAGAUGGAAGAUAGUGGGCAUGGGAGUGAAAACGGAAGCUUGUAUUAUUCCACCAUUAGUAACUCCAAUACCAGUGAGUUUUGUCUUUUUCUUCAUGCUUGGAAAAUUGAGUGAAAAGAAGAAGAAAGAGAAAUUAUUUGAAUUUGAUCUUACUUU